AGUGUCACAGAAGCUGAUGUCGCAAAACUACAAGUACCAGUUUGCACUGUUUCCGCACGGCCUCUUUUACGUAAUGGACAGCUCCCCGGAUGCGGCUGUGAUUGACUAUACCAGGCAAAACGAGAUCGAAAGCCAAGUGGCGGUGCUGCAGACCCAGUGGUCGUAGGCAGGAUGCAGACCAUAAAGUGUGUGGUGGUGGGUGACGGGGCGGUGGGUAAAACCUGCCUUCUCAUCUCUUACACCACCAAUGCCUUCCCCGAAGAGUACAUACCCACGGUGUUCGACAACUACAGCGCUCAGAUGAGCGUGGACGGCCGCACCGUCAGCCUCAACUUGUGGGACACAGCGGGACAAGAGGAGUACGACCGACUGCGCACGCUCUCCUACCCUCAGACCAAUGUUUUCAUCAUCUGCUUUUCCAUCGGCAGCCCCUCCUCCCAUGCCAAUGUCAGGCACAAGUGGCACCCUGAGGUGUCUCACCACUGCCCUAACGUGCCCAUCCUGCUCGUAGGCACCAAGAGGGACCUGAGGGGCGAUGCCGAAACGGUGAAGAAGCUGAAGGAGCAGAGCCUGGCUCCCACCACCCAGCAGCAGGGAAACGCCCUGGCCAAGCAGAUCGGGGCUGUCAAGUACAUGGAGUGUUCUGCCCUGCUGCAGGAUGGUGUUCGGGAAGUCUUUGCUGAAGCAGUGAGGGCAGUGUUGUAUCCAGUCACAAAAAAGAAUCCCAAAAAGUGUGUGUUGUUGUAAUAAAAGGUUCCCAGAUUAAGGGCUGUGGAGAUGCAAAAGCUGAGGAAUGAACGUCGUCGUCUGGCUGCCUCCACACCACCUCCAGCAGUUGAGACUUUGAUUUCAGCUCCUCUGUAACUCCUCUCUUCCUGAUUCAUCUCCUGGAGGAUUUCACUCCGUUGCCAUCAUGACCAAAGUGACUCUGCCAAAAUGGGGGCAAAAGACCGGAUUUCCUCCACUCUCCUUAAAUUUUAACUUUUGAUAUUUACACCGUUCUCCAAUUUUACAUCCGUUAUAGAUUUAUAGCUUCUCUGCUUUGCCUUUGCUGAUCAUGGUCGUCACGAGCCAUAAUAACAUCGGAAACAAUUCCCUGAUUGACUGGAAAGAAGAGGUCUGUCUUAGUCACGGUGGAGAAAUAAUGACUACCUCAUACUCUCACCUAGGUUGCAUCUCAUAAGUAUCAAGCAACGUAACCAUCACAAUGCUUCGACUUGCCUAUUUAGAUGUUAUAAACAGCCGAAUAGAGGGUGAACAAGUUUUCAUUUCAAGCAGCUUGAAUCCAGACCUGACGUGGUGACUCCCAGACCAAUGCCAGUACCCCUCAACCAAUAUGCACAGAUUAGAGGUCAAAUUUGUCGAUCUGCAGUUCCCCAUGUGCUCAUUGUGGUAUGUUGGAGCGGUCUGGCAGGCUGCCCUCCCUGCUUCUUGCACUGCUCUCUCACAGCCACACAUGGAAGAGCCAGUAGGCCUUUUGAAGAUAAGCGGGACCCAUUAAAAGCAGCAGGCCUUUUGCCCUCUUCAGUAAUGGUGUCACAAGGCCUCCGUCAAAUUAACCCACGCUGGUACCAGAUUUCUCAAGCUGGCAUAUCAGGAGGUCAGGGUGUAGUACAGCUCGCCUCUGACCACGUCUUAACUGUUGAGGCUCACACCGAGUGCCAUUAAAAAAAUGCCUAAGAAUUACUUUUUGACAGGGUGGGGUCAAAAGGUCUAUGUCGUCUAAUUAUGUUGAACUUACUCUGUAAAUGAUUUUUUUUCCUUGUGUUUUUAACCUACAAGUGCGGUUAUGGCCAAAGUUGAAUAUAUUUUUUGUAAUAGCUUGUUUAUUUGAUCAAUAAGAUGUUUGUGUGUAACAGUUAAUACUCCUAUUUGAUAAACCAGAACUCCAUAAUGCUCCCCAUGUGAAUUGCAUUAUUGCCUUACAGUUAAGGUGAACGGUGUGACUGUGUAACUACAGCAUAUAAUCCCAGAAUCUGUUGUAACCUGCAUGUCAUUUAAUCUAGUACUAGCAGGUGAUCUACUCAAUAUAAGCAGCCUGUUAUUUGGUCAGAUGCCUUAUUGAAACCAAAGACCAUAGCAUUGGCUCUUUUGUUAGACCGCAAAGUUAUUGUUAUAGUGAUUCAAGUGCCUCUAUUCCAGGUCUAGACAGUUCUAGGUUUCGUUAGCGUCGUUUUUCUGAAGCUUUCCGCUUCCCUUUCUCUCAGUAAAUACACCCUCACCCUUCCGUAAGACACAGAUGUUAAACCGACAAGCCUAAGCGUAUUUGUGAAACCGAGCACAAGAAGCAGGGUGCUCUUGGCCUGCAGAUCAAGACGGUUUGUGGUUUACAGCGCUGCAUUACUAGCACAACUUGCACGUACGGUUAGCACGAGCUGUGUUGCCUUGUCACAUCUAAAUAGUUUUGUGUACUUUUUUUUUAAUAAAAACUGGACGCUCAUUUGAGUUAUUCAGCUGCCAGUAAACACCUUUCUUUUUUACUAGUUAUUUCAUUUACUCACUUGAGCUGGUUGUUUAAAAAAAAAAUAA